AUGCCAAACCCAAUCAGAGACAUUCAAACCAUUGACAACACGCACCCGUACAUCAUCUACCAGAAUGUCUCAGUUCCAUUACGCAUCGGAGGCGUUAUUCGGUGUAAUCUGUACCUUCCAAGGGGCGUCACCGAGGGUGGACGAUACCCCGUUGUCGCAACCUACGGCCCCUAUGGGAAAGAUGUACCUUACAAGGACUUCAAGAUCAGCAGCUUCCAGGACUUGAAUCCAGAGCACCAGACCGAGCAUUCCUCGUGGGAGACCCCGACUCCCUCGUACUGGACGCGCCACGGAUAUGCAGUGCUCCGGGCGGAUGAGCUAGGCACGGGUCAAUCUCCAGGUCCCUUGAAUCAACUCUCGUCUACCACCUUUGAUGCGUAUCAAGAGUUGAUCGAGUGGGCUGCUCAGCAGAAAUGGUCAACCGGAAAGGUUGGCCUGCUGGGUGUGAGCUACUAUGCUUUGACGCAGUGGCAGGUCGCCGCUCGCCAACCUAAAGGUUUGGCUUGCAUGAUUCCAUGGGAGGGAUUGUCCGAUUAUUACCGUGACGGAGAACGCCAUGGUGGCAUUCUAUCUUCGAACUUCCUCAGGAUUUGGUAUAACCGCCAAGUAAAAACCAACCAGUACGGCCGCCCAGGUCGUGAAGCUGAGAAGCGUGGCCCCGAUACUGUCGAUGGUGAUCUCACCCAGGCUGAAUUGCUGGCCAAUGAAUGGAACGCACCUGAUGAUUCCGAGCAGCCAAGGUUCCGAGAUGAUGAGCGCUGGGCAUCGAUCAAUUACAACUUGGAGGACGUCAAAGUCCCCUUCCUUAGUGUUGCGAAUCUCGGCGGUAUCGGUCUCCAUCUACGUGGCAACGUAGAAGGAUUCACUCACGCCGGGUCCAAGUUGAAGUACUUGCGAUUCAUUGUCGGUCGACAUGAUCUUCCGUUCUAUUAUACCGAGUCAGUCGAGCUCCAGCGGAGCUUCUUAGAUGCCUUCCUCAAGAGCGACGAUCGUGUGGGCUGGUCGACUGGCAAACUUCCCGCAGUGGAUCUUGUCCUCCGCAAGGGUGAUGUGGGUGUCAACAACGCCGAGGCGGAGCUUACCUUCCCACGACGAUCUGAGAAUGAAUGGCCUAUCGCUCGGACCAAAUACACGCCUAUUUUCCUCACGCCUGAUAACCAGAUGACUUUUGAGAAGCCAUCUGCUGAGCUGUCGAAACUAAGCUACCGUGCGCUAGGAACACUCAAAUCUCCCGAGCUCCUGACAUUCACUACUCCACCUUUUACCACGGAAACGGAGAUUACGGGCCAUAUUGUUACUCACUUGAACGUUUCCGUGACGCGAGAUGCUGGUUGCCCACCCCCCUCGGAGAUUGAUUUGUUCCUCACCCUCCGUCAUAUCUCUGCCACCGGCAAGGAAAUCUUUUACACUGGCUCUUCUGGAGAAGGUGUGCCAGUGACCAGAGGUUGGCUUCGAGUUAGCAUGCGCGCCACGAAGCCGGAUCACCCACGUCACAGGGCUUGGCUGCCUUACCGGGGCUACUACUCCACUGAUGUUCUCCCUGUGAUCCCAGGUGACAUUUACUCUGUCGAUGUUGAGAUUUGGCCGACCAAUGUGGUUGUCGAAAAGGGUGGUCAACUUGUCUUGGAAGUGAGCUCCGGAGAUACAAGGAAUAGUAGUAUCUUCCAGCACACCCAUCCUCUUGACAGGCCUGCUUCGAAGUUGCAGGGCACCAACCAUGUUCAUUUCGGUCCUAACUAUGUCAACUACAUGUCUUUGCCUAUAAUUCCCAGCCGGGAUUAA